CAUGUUGGAACUAAGCGGAUUUCAUCAAGUUUAGUGGUGGAAUUCGGGUUGUUUUUUCCAUAUUACCGUUAAUUUUAGUGUUGUUAUAAAUAAAAGCGGACUCAUGCGGCUUUGUUCGGGUUCUAGACAGUGUUAUUUAUAACCCACGACUGUGGUAUUUGUGAUAGACAAAUGUUAUAAGCUAAAAUGUCUCGGAAUCGAUGCGACGGUCUGCUUGCGCGAGUGGAUUUUCCACUUUACACGCUUCAGACAUUGACGAAUCGGCAUGUUCUGGUGGCCGGUGGCGGUGGAGCCUCCAAUACAGGCGUCGCGAAUGGAUUCGAAAUCUUCGAGUUGUCGCAUAAUGGGACAAGGUUUGUGGCAGAGGAGGUGAUGAGGCAUGAGACAGGUCCUAAUGUGGUGAUGACUUGCGCCGUGCGGACGGCCGACAACCGCACUUUCCUCACGGCCGGCCAGGAGAGUCACUGCCAGCUCUACCGGGUAAACAUUCGCAUGGUGGAUGCUGCAGAGAUGCGGCGGGGAAGCUUUCGUGCGGAAAAUGGGCUCAUUCGGCCCAGAAGAAGGCGAACUGUGUCAGAGAAUGAGAACAUUUCUAAAACAGACAAGAACAGUAACACAAUGGAGAAGAGAAUGUCAUUUGAAAUAAGGCCCAGUGAUAGUGUGCAGACAGAUUUUGGAAUUACUUUAUUGUAGCUCGAUCCGCUACAGAGGGUAGUCCGCAUCAGCCACAAUGGAAAACUACUGGCGACGGGCGGCGCCGACUGCAAGGUGCGGGUCUGGAGCUUUCCAGCAAUGCAACUGUUGUUCGAGCUGGACGCACACACUAAAGAGUUGGACGACCUAGACUUCAGCCCGUGCGACUCCACACUGGCGAGCAUCGGCAAGGACGGGCUGGCGCACCUGUGGCACACGGCGCGCCGCGCGCCGCCGCGCCUGUCCGUCACCUGCCAGCCGCCCAACGGCAGCAAGUACCUGUUCCGCCGGUGUCGAUUCGGUCCCAUAGAAGACAAAAAGAACGAAUACCGCAUGUUCACGAUCGCGAAUCCCCUCGCGCGCUCCGGCAAACAGAAAGGGCUUAUUCAACUCUGGGACCCCGCCAAUGGGGAGCUGCAGAAGACUGUGAUAGUGAAUGAAUCACUGAGUGCUUUAGCUGUGAGGGAUGACGGCCGAUUCGUGGGCGUUGGGACCAUGUUCAGUGGCUCUGUGGAUAUCUACGUGGCAUUCAGCUUGCAGCGAGUGGUGCACGUGCCGCGCGCGCACCGCAUGUUCGUGACGGGGCUGGAGUUCCUGCCCACGCGCGCCUUCGGGCCGCCCGUCACCAGCGGCGCCGAGGCCGCGCUGCUCUCCAUCUCCGUCGACAACUGCCUCGCCGUGCACAGCCUGCCCUACCCGAGUAUUAUGCCCGCCUGGGUCGCCAUCGUUCUGAUAGUUUUCGUCCUGUUCUGUACGUUCACAUUAUGUUCGUAUUUAGGUAUUUAAUAAUUAUAUUACUUCAAUAAAGUAUUGUAAGUAUCAUGGGGUUAUGUUAGUAUUUAAUUUACGUCGUAUAAAAAGCUCAUAUACAUAGUAAAAUGUAUGUAUUUAAUAGGAUCAAUUGAAUUAAAUGAAGUGCAAUCUUGCAAC